AUGACGCCAAAACGUGAGAACCCAGCGUCAUCUGGAGCGUCCAUUGAUAAACACAUGGCGCUGUCUCAUCAUACCGAGGCCAGUCUGCUCUAUGUAACACUUGUACACCCAGAACUGUGCCACACUACCACAUACUACCGCAUCACACCCAUUUGCCACAUCACAUCACAUUCAGCCGUCACAUCACAUUACACCCGUACACCUACACCAACACACCAUACACACCACACCACCACGGCACACCACUACAGCACGCAGCGUCACCAAGCUACACAUCAAGACCACUCCACACCGCCACGGCACACCAUGUCUAGUACACCACCACGCCACACUGCACCACCACCACUACUACCACACUACAUCACUCAACAUCACACCACACCAGCACACCACAAAUGCACCACCAUACUGUACCCACAACGCCACAACACACGUUCAGGCUCAUGGAACAGCCACAACACCACAUCACAACUACACCACCACACCAAAUGA